AUGUAGUAAUUUGGCAUAUAGCCAUCAACAACUUUUAUUGAUCCGAAAACUAAGUAGCCUUCAUUAUUUGGGUAGGGUAUUAACUUAUUAUAAAAAAUGGAGCCAUCAAACACAUCGAAUUUUUCAAAUGAUUGUGCUACUGAAAAGGAAUCAAAGCAAUUCAAUUGA